UUUUGCACUGAAAAAUUCAGUUAUGUGAAAUUCCCAUUCCUAGGAAUAAUAAGUCAAUACAUAUAAGUAUGUUUAUUGUGGACAUCUACAAGAAUGAGGAAACUUGUGCGAUUUAGACGUUGGGUUUUAUUCAUAUUAACAAUAUUUUUAACUACAAUUAAUCUACUGUGGACAUUUUGUUUACUGGACACGGAAAUAAAUUCGCAACAAAUCAAUAAGUCAUUUAACAGAAAUACAAAGCCAUUAGUGGCAAUAGAAAGUGCCAACGAUGACACCAUGCCACCGCUCAAUCGAUCAUUAGUACAGAAAAUGUCGAAGCAUAAUUUUAGGCUUGCUUUCGAUAAUAUAAGUUUCGAAACUGGUAGAUGGGACAAUCUUCGCAAUUAUAAGAUGUUUGAUUUUGCUUUGAUUGGAGAUAAGUUUAUCAAAUCUUCACACGAAAACAUUGUAUGUUUAGCUACCCAAAGUUCCGUGGAACGGUUGUAUUCAUUGACACAAGUUGCACAUCAGUGGAACGGACCAAUUUCAACCGCCGUGUACGUUGCCGGAGAUGAAGAAUUCUUCAUUUUACAACACUUUGUUACAUAUAUGAGACUUUGCUUCGCUUUUAUACGCGAUAACGUUACUUUUCAUAUAGCUGUUCCAAAUAAUAAGGAACCAGUUCACAGACAAAUUCCUAAUCUCUUCAACAGCUUUGAUUGUCAAUACCCUGAACAAACGCUUCGCCAUUUACUGAAAAUACGCAAUCCAGACACAAUACGUUGGCGUUUAAAAAAUGAAUAUCCGCAAAACCAUUUACGCAAUUUAGCUCGAAAAGGUUGUCAAAAUAAAUAUGUAUUUCUAACAGAUAUUGAUAUAAUACCAAGCACAAAUAUGGUAUCAUUAUUAAAUAAAUUUCUGCCGUCAGCAAAAUGCAGCUAUCGUUGCGCGUAUGUUAUACCAACUUUUGAAAUAGACAACAGAGCUAAAUUCCCUGCUUCCAAGCCAGAGCUUAUGCGUUUAUAUAGAAAAGGUCUAGCACGCCCAUUUCACGAAAAAGUGUUUAUUUACAACCAGUACGCGACAAACUUCUCCAUUUGGCUUAAGAAUUCUUCCAAUGAAGAUGAGCGGGCUCAUAUAAGUCAUGUCGUAACAAAUUUUGAGUUCUUGUAUGAACCUUUUUAUGUCGCUUUUGAUGACGUCCCUGCCCACGAUGAAAGAUUUAUAGGCUAUGGCUUUACCCGAAAUUCACAGGUCUAUGAAAUGUAUAUUUCUGGGUACACAUUUUUUGUGUUAUCCCCUGUUUUUACUUGUCAUUGGGGAUUACAACAAAAAAAAGCGAGACCAGUUUGGCGAGAACAACAAAAUAAUCUGAAUCGAAAGCGUUUUGAGAUGUUUAAACAUGAAAUUCUCGCCCGAUAUAAAAAAAAGACAACAAGGAAAUAAUUGGCAUAGUGGAAGUAAACUGGAAAUAAGUGUAAUGAAAUUUUUUAUCGAUAUGAAUUUCAUGAUAAUAACAUUCUAUAAACCUUAAAACAAUUCCACAUGGGACCAUACUUCCGCCUAUAAGUAUGCAUUCAUAUUUCUGCAGUUGUUUUAAAAAUCAAUUAUUAAUACAAUUCUAAUAUUACAUGUCCAAACUUCUGAAACUUCUUUGUUAUAAAAUAAAAAGCGAUGGUUACUACCAAGAAA